UACUGACCUACUUGCGACUUGCGACUUGGUUGAUCUCAAGCAGUAGCCACCUUCGCGUUGAUACAUAUACACCGUGAUCAUGCACCGAAUACGCUCAACGACCACCGCGACGCCGAUAACGAUGACCCGGACGACGAUAAGCCGGCGACAAGCAAUCUCGACCUCCCCGAACCUCUUCAGACCGCCCGCACAGGCCGUAAGGGUGCGUGAUGUAGAGGACGAGCCGCUGGACUAUAUGGCGUCGAGAGGGGUCGGGAUGGAGAGUAUGGUAGAAGGGUUUCAACGAGGAGAAUUGUCAGGGUCGAGGUCGGCAGGGAAUUACCGGGAUUACAUCAAGGCCAAGAUUGCCCAGCACGAUCUUCUCCACCCAGCCCCUCUUACCGCUGCCUCGCCGUCACCCUCGAGCUCGGAACUCGGCCAGAUCUUGGAUCCAGCCGGUCUGACAGCCAGGUCGAGGGAAAAGACGGGGAGACACCCAUUGACGGAUCGGUAUAAGCGGGAUCAUGGCUACUUGAGGAUCAGUCUGACUGAGAGGUGCAACCUGCGAUGUACCUACUGCAUGCCCGCCAACGGAGUCCCUCUGUCCCCUCCCUCUCACAUCCUGACCAACUCGGAGAUCAUGCACCUCUCCCGCCUCUUCGUCUCCCAAGGCGUAUCCAAAAUCAGACUCACCGGUGGUGAACCUACAUUGAGGAAAGACCUGGCCGGGCUUGUUGCUGGGAUAGGGGCACUCAGAGAUCAGGGGUUAAGAAUCAUAGGGAUGACGAGUAAUGGAGUGGCUCUGGGAGGCAGGAGCGAUAAUGGCGGGAAAUUGAACGAGUUGGUCAAGGGGGGUUUGACGCAUUUGAAUUUGAGCUUGGAUACGCUAGAAGAGGCCAAAUUCGAGGAGAUCACUCGUCGGCGAGGGUAUUCUGCCGUCAUGUCUGCACUCGACCACGCCCUGUCGCAUCUCAGCGACGCACCCCUUCACGCCUCCCUCUCUGAUUUCCGCCCGGGUCUCCGUUCGGUCAAACUCAACUCGGUCCUCACCCGAUCCACCAACCUGUCCGAACUGUUGUCGUUUGCCGAACUCACCAAGGAGCGUCCGAUCAGCGUCAGGUUUAUCGAGUUUAUGCCGUUUUCCGGCAACGAGUGGGACAAGACGGAGAUGGUCAGUUAUGAAGAGGCUUUGGGGAUACUGAAGGCACGGUAUGGCGACGAUCUGGAGAUGGUCAGGGAUGACGGGGAUGAUGGGACGAGCAAGAGGUGGAGGGUCAAGGGGUACAAGGGGGAGAUUGGAUUUAUCAGCAGUAUGAGCGACCACUUCUGCGGGACUUGUAACCGACUUCGAAUCACGGCGGACGGGCAUCUCAAGGUCUGCCUGUUCGACAAUACCGAAGUCUCGCUCCGCGAUGUCAUGCGCUCUCAAGACCCAAACUCGCGGAUAGACGAACGCUUGAUCGACGUCAUCUCCAUGGCCGUGGGCAACAAGAAGCCGAAACACGCAGGGCUUGGACGGAUCGUCAAUCUCUCAGACCAUAGAACUGUAUCGCAUAGACUGUGGAGAAGAUCGGAACAGAUCGUAGAGCGUGCGCCGAGGAUAAUGAAGAGAAACGGUCUUGGAAUCGGAGGACGAAGUACCGGCUGGUUAGCUAUCAGACAGAAACACACUAGCGCUCAUGUCAACGAGGUCAAGGAACCGACAUUGACGCACCUCGACAAGACGGGCCGCGCCUCGAUGGUCUCGAUUUCGAACAAGGCGUCAACGACUCGACGCGCAACUGCCAAGGGCCGAAUCUACCUGCCCAAGGUCGCUUUCGACAUGCUCGCGCAGGAUCCGAGCGGUUCGACCUGGAAAAAAGGAGAUGUCUUUGGAACGGCGAGGAUCGCGGGGAUCAUGGCCGGGAAGAGGACGAGCGACAUGAUUCCUCUUUGUCAUCCCAUCAGCUUGACGGACUUGAAACUGGCUUUUAGAUUGGAUCAGGAUGUGCGCAAGGACGACGGCGGCGGUUGGGUCUCGGUCAAGGCGGUAGCCGAGUGCGAAGGCAAGACCGGCGUCGAGAUGGAAGCCUUAUCGGCAGCGUCCGUUGCGCUGCUGACCGUUUGGGACAUGGUCAAGGCAGUAGCGGGUAAAGAGAUGGUCAUGAGCGACCUCAUGGUCACCCAUAAGGAGGGGGGAAAAAGUGGGGAUUGGGACCGUCCCGGAGGUUGGGUCGCAGGCGAAAUCAAGGCCAACGAGGUCGACUUUGCGUUGUAGAAGAUGACGUCGAGGCGGUCGAGAUGCAAUCAUCCAUUAUAGUGGUG